CUUUUGUAUUACUGAGCACUCGAGUCAGUUGAAGUCAGAAGUUUCGAUUAAUGCUUGUCUGUACCUGUCUGUGCAGGGCAAGAAAUUGGGGUCAAGGGGACAAUGUUCGCGGGCCGGCCUUCUCAUAUUUUCGACUCACGGUCCAAGACUUAAAUAAGUUUUGACCUUCCUCAUCGACAUCCAUCUGACAUCAGUAUACAUCAACAUUAACUAGAAUGUCGCUCGCCCCUCACGACAUCUCUUUACCCUUUGAUUUUCCGAAAGAAGAGGAAAAGGUCAUUGCAUUUUGGCGAGAAAUAGACGCGUUUCAGACCAGCCUGAAGCUCUCCGAGGGGCGACCAGAGUACACCUUCUUCGAUGGGCCACCAUUUGCGACUGGUCUCCCGCAUUAUGGCCACUUGUUAGCAGGAACCAUCAAGGAUAUCGUUACUCGACAUGCAUCCUCGAGUGGAUUCCAUGUACCCCGUAGAUUUGGUUGGGAUACACAUGGGCUUCCCGUAGAACACGAGAUUGACAAAAAAUUUGGUAUCACCGGCAAAGACGAUGUUAUGGCAAUGGGUAUCGACAAGUACAACGCGGAGUGUAGAAAUAUUGUAAUGCGGUAUUCCAACGAAUGGAGAAACACGGUAGAAAGGAUGGGUAGAUGGAUCGACUUCGAUAACGAUUACAAGACCCUCAAUAUCAGUUUCAUGGAAUCGGUGUGGUGGGCAUUCAAGGAGCUCUUCAAAAAAGGAUUGGUAUACCGAGGAUUACGGGUCAUGCCUUAUUCGACAGGAUUGACCACGCCGUUAUCCAAUUUCGAGGCAGGGUUAGAUUACAGGGAUAUUAAUGACCCCGCUGUGACGGUCGCAUUCCCCUUGGUCGAUGACCCGGCAACGUCAUUACUUGCUUGGACGACAACGCCCUGGACAUUACCUUCCAACCUCGCUCUAUGUGUCCAUCCAGAUUUUACCUACAUCAAGAUUCAUGACGCCGAGAAGGAUCAGAACUUCAUCUUACACGAGAAUUUGCUUUCCACCCUUUACAAAGACCCAAAGAAAGCCAAGUACAAGAAACUUGGUCAAUUCCAAGGUUCUGAUAUGAAAGGAUGGAGAUAUAUUCCACUUUUUGAGUAUUUCACAGAACAGUUUGAAGAUAAAGCUUUCCGGGUUGUAGUAGACACGUAUGUCACCGCAUCUGACGGUACAGGUAUUGUACACCAAGCCCCAGCAUUCGGUGAAGAUGACCAUCGCAUUGCUAUUGCAAAUGGUGUCCUCAGUCCAGAGGAAAUGCCUCCAUGCCCCAUUGACGAUAAGGGUAACUUUACAAAGGAGGUUCCUGAUUUCGCAGGCGAAAACUUCAAGGCUGCAGAUAGCAAGAUUCAAAAAAUGCUCAAGAUCAAAGGUCGCUUAAUCGUGCAGUCCACGCUCAAGCACUCUUAUCCUUUUUGUUGGAGGUCAAAAACCCCGUUGAUGUACCGUGCGUUCCCGGUGUGGUUCGUCAGAGUAACCCCCAUCGUCGAUGACUUGGUCAAAAACAACGCUCAGACAAGAUGGGUGCCUCAGAGCGUUGGGGAUGGUCGAUUUGGAAACUGGUUAGCAUCGGCUCGAGAUUGGAACAUUUCACGGAACCGAUACUGGGGAACACCCAUUCCCUUAUGGGUCAGUGACGACAUGGAAGAGGUCGUCGCCAUCGGUUCGGUUGAAGAAUUGGAGACUUUGUCUGGUGUUAAGGGAAUUACAGAUCUGCAUCGGGAAAACAUUGACCAUAUCACCAUUCCUUCACGUCAAGGGAAGGGGAGCCUCAAGCGUACUGAAGAGGUAUUCGACUGUUGGUUUGAGUCUGGAAGUAUGCCGUAUGCACAACAACACUAUCCUUUCGAGAACAAGGAGAUUUUCACCAAUGGCUUUCCAGGAGACUUUGUUUGCGAAGGCAUAGAUCAAACCCGUGGAUGGUUCUAUACCCUUCUUGUUCUGUCAACUCAUCUGUUUGGAACUGCGCCGUGGAAAAAUCUCAUCGUAACGGGUCUGGUUCUUGCAGCUGAUGGCAAAAAAAUGAGUAAGAGCCUCAAAAAUUAUCCAGAUCCCAAUAUCAUCAUCGAUACAUACGGCGCUGAUGCUACAAGAAUGUAUCUCGUCAAUUCGCCCAUUGUUCGAGGGGACAACUUGCGCUUCCGGGAAGAGGGCGUUAAGGAUGUCAUCUCUCGUGUUCUUCUGCCAUGGCUCAAUUCUUUCCGUUUCUUCCUCGGACAUGUUGCUAUCUUGAAAAAAGUUACAGGAAUUGAUUUUAAAUACGACCCGCAUGUACCACUUCCCAACAAUGUCAUGGACCGGUGGGUCCUUGCUCGUUGCCAGUCGCUGAUUUUGUUGGUACGACAAGAGAUGGCAGCCUAUAGGUUGUAUACCAUCAUCCCCCGUCUACUGGAUCUCAUCGACGAGCUUACGAACUGGUACAUUCGAUUCAACCGCAAGCGUUUCAAAGGUGAAGAUGGUCAACAGGAUACCAUUUCAGCACUGAAUACUCUGUUCGAAACGUUGCUCACUCUCUGUUUAACAAUGUCAUCAUACACUCCAUUCUUUACGGAGAACAUCUAUCAAACACUUCGUCUGUAUAUCCCGGAAGACCCGAAGGCGGGCGAUACCCGUUCAGUGCAUUUCCUUCGAUUCCCGGAGGUGAAGCAAGAGUAUUUCGAUGUAGAUAUUGAGCGCCAGGUAGCGCGUAUGCAGGCUGUCAUUGACUUGUCAAGAAACAUUCGUGAAAAAAACAAUUUAUCGCUCAAGACGCCUUUGAUGGAGCUCUUGGUAUUUCACCCUGAUGAGCAAUACCUCGCCGACAUUCGACCGCUACAGCGGUACAUCGAGUCAGAGCUAAAUGUUCGUGAUGUCAUCUUCAGUUCGGAUGAGAGACUAUCUGGAGUACGCUACCGUGCUGUCGCCGAUUGGGGUGUCCUGGGCAAGAAGCUUAGAAAGGAUAUCGGCCGUGUCAAGAAAGCCUUGCCUGACGUUAGCUCCGAUAGGGUGAAAGAAUAUAUCAGUACUGGCAAGAUGGAUGUGGAUGGGAUUACUUUGGUAGAGGGUGACCUUGCUGUCCAGCGUUACCUCGAACUUCCUUCAUCGGGAAUUGGACAAUAUGGCACGCACACGGACAAUGAUGUUGUUGUCCGACUAGAUAUCCAAAUCCAUGCAGAUCUCCAGGGCGAGUGGCUUGCACGGGAGCUCAUCAACCGUAUACAAAAGCUACGCAAGAAGGCUGGAUUACAGGCAACGGACGAUGUCGAACUAUACUAUUCGCUCGAAGGCAGCACUGGCGCCGCCCUUCUUGAUGCAAUGGAGCAGUAUGCAGAAUUCAUCCGCAAAACAGUUGGGAAUGUCCCAAUCAAUGACAACCAGCGUAAAUCUGGGACAGAGCUCAUUCGGGAAGAACAGGAAAUUGUAGAUGUGAAGUUUGAGUUGAUAUUAGUGAGACCAUAGGA